AUGCAUGGAAACGGGGACAAGAUUGCGCAAUUAUUGGACAAGACGACGGACUUUGACAAGGAUGAGCGUUACAUGGCGACGUCCGAUCUGUGCGUCGAGCUUAAUAAGGACGUCGACCUUGGGACGUAUUUCGAGCCAAAAGUGUGUGCGGCUGUACUGAAACAACUGGACGACAAAUCAAACGACGUACAAUCCAUUGCCGUCAAGUGUCUCGGCAUCCUUGUCACUAAAGUGAAAGUGACACAAGUAGCAGAUAUCUGUGCCAAACUUUGUGACCUCAUUUUGAAUGGAAAGUCAGAACUUCGGGAUAUUUACUCGAUCGGACUCAAGACGAUCGUAGCAGACGUGUCACAAACAACGGGGGCGUCCAUUGCUACGGGCAUUUGUACGCGGCUAUUGACGGGUCUGAGCAAGGAAAAAGAUGCAGCUGUGAAAUCGGAGACGCUCGAUAUUCUUACGGAUCUAUUGCGUCGCUUUGGCUACGACGUCGCCACGGAACACGCGGCAAUCAUGGAGCUGCUGAUGGUGCAGCUCACAGACGACUCCCCGCUUGUACGAAAGCGUGCUACGUCAUGUGUAGGAUCGCUGGGUGUUAUGGCAUCCAAUGUGCUAGUAAGUCGCUUAGUAGGGCACCUGAUUAAGGGCAUUCAGGGAUCGACGGACCCGGCAAACUUGCGCACGCUAAUUCAGACUAUUGGGAUGCUCUCACGCACGGCAGGGCAUCGUCUUGGACAGCACUUGGAUGCGGUAAUCCGCAUCUUGGCACAGUACUGUGGAGAUCCUGAAGAUGAAGCGCUACAGAACGAAGAUUCAGACGAGCUCCGUGGAAACUGUUUCCAGGCUUUUGAGGCGUUCAUAAUUCGAUGCCACGAUGAGAUCACGCCUCACGUGGAGACUAUUCUAAAGCUUGUAAUGCAGUUUAUUCCGUAUGACCCCAACUACAAUUACGUUGACUCUGCUGACGAAGAUGAAGAUAUGGACGAGGAUGUGGAGGAAUACAGCGACGAGGACGGCGACUACAGUGACGACGACGACACUAGCUGGAAAGUUCGUCGUGCUAGCCUUCGCGUUCUAAGUGCAAUUAUCACGACAAGACCAGAGCUUUUGGAGCAGCUGUACAUUCUGUGUGCCCAGCGUUUAGUCUCGCGCUUUAAAGAGCGAGAAGAGAACGUACGGAUCGACGUAUUUGGAGUUUUUGCAGACCUUCUUCGUGCUACUUACAAAACACUUCCGAGUCCGAAAGGAACAACGUCCUUUCACCACCCGCCCACGUCCAACGCGUGCAUUAUCCAGUUGGAGCAGCGUUUGGACGCUAUCGUUGUUGGAGCCAAUAAGCAAUUUGGAACGAAGGCUUCCGUUGCGUCGCGCUGUGCGGUGGUUGCGAUGCUGAGUGAGCUGGCGAUGGUAGAGCGUGGAAAGCUGGGAGACUACAUUGGUCGUUUGAUGCCGAAUAUUCUCAAUGCAGUGGAGGACAAACACUCGGACUUGAAGCUAGAAGCACUUUUGUUUCUCCGGCUGCUUGUGGAUACCCACAAAGUGGAGCCAUUCCGACCGCACAUUGAUUCUGUCGUUAAAGUUGCAAUGCAGUGUGCGAAGGGAGAUUGGUACAAAACAGUGGCGAAAGCGCUUGGACUGAUUGAAUCUCUUGUCCGUAUUAUCCACUCGGACGGCGAAGACUUGACAUAUAAACCGUACGCUGUACCUUUCUUCGAUGCGGUGCUGCCUAGCUUGAAAGUUCAUGACAUCGACCAAGAAAUUAAGGAAGCUGCAAUUAGCAGUAUCGGAAAAAUUGUUGCUACCCUGGGUGAUGAGCUCGGUCCACGAGUGGAUGCAAUCUAUCCUUUGUUAAUGGAGCGUUUAAACAACGAAAUUACGCGCAUCCAAAGCAUAAAGGCUAUCGGAGUCAUAGCUCGCUCGAAGCUCAACUUGGAUAUGUCUUCCCUUCUCGUGGAGUGCACUCAGACUUUAGCCCAGCUCCUUCGUCAGCAGUCCCGCACAUUGAAACAAGCGACAUUGGCUACUCUUAACGACCUGGUUGUUCACAAGGGGGCCAAACUGCCAGAAACGCUUCAUUAUGAGAUAGUGCUGGAAAGCUCACUUCUUCUUGCGGACGUGGAUCUCCAGCUGUGCCGUAUGAGCAUCACAUUGAUAUCAAACUCUCUUUGCGUGUGCCCGCAUGUGGCAUUGACGGACGCUUUGCUCCAGAACGCUCAAGUAAAGGCACUGAAACUCUGCCAUAGCUCUAUGCUCCAGGGCGUCACUUUGGAUGCCCUGGAGGACCUUUUUGCGCAGUUGACACAACUGGACUCACCAGGUAGCAGCUUUAUGGAACUGUUCAAGGCGCUGAUGGCUACAUCUUCUGAAGAAUCAAAGCACUCCAUGCUGAAUAUCGCGAGAUGUGUCGCUUGCACAUGUGUGGCUACGACGGAGCAAAAUCGCAAGGUGGCUUUUGCAAAGUUUGUUGGUGACAUUACACAAAGAGAAUCUGAAAAGAACAAUGUGUUGGCACUUUAUUGUCUGGGAGAGUUCGGCCGCAAGAUUAAACUUACUGGCUAUACGGAUGUGAAAGAGAUCAUUCUGAAGUCCUUUAACGAUGCCGGUGAAGAAGUAAAGGCAGCAGCUGCGUACUCGCUUGGUAGUAUCUGCGUUGGCAACAUGGAAGAGUACCUGGACACUAUAAUGGUAAAGUUAGAGCUUGGCGAGAACUCUUACCUGCUGCUAACGUCAUUGCGCGAAAUCAUUUCGGAUCAUGCAGCAAAACCCCACCAUGGUUUUGCGAUGUAUGUGGACCGUGUGCUUCUCGUACUACAGAAAAUGAGUGCUCGUCAGGAAGAAGGGGUGCGAAACAUGGUUGGCGAAUGCAUGGGAAAGCUUGCUGUGACGGACAGUGCAAAACUUAUGCCAAUUGUGACGGAACUGUGCGGAUCUUCAGACGUAUGGUCACGUUGGACCGCCGUGACGAGUCUUAAGUAUGCGAUGACGACAACUGCCCCGAAACCAGCAGUUGAUGCAAUCUUUGCUCACAUUGACCCCUUCUUGGCUGCACUUGAAGAUGAAGACUUGCACGUGCGUCGCGCCGCACUGCUGGUCCUCAAUACGGCUGCUCACCACCAUGCUCACUACCUGGUGCCAUACGUUCGCGAGCGGAUAUUCCACGUGCUCCUGAAAACGACUGAAAUCAAGCUAGAGCGUGUGGUGGACCUUGGUCCGUUCAAGCACAAAGUGGAUGAUGGCCUUCCUCUUCGAAAAGCUGCAUAUUCGUGCGUGGACACUCUAAUCCAGGUGUUACCUCAGCAGCUCGACAUCACCCUGUUCUUCGACCAACUCAAGCGAGGUCUUGGAGACCAGGACGACAUCCAGAUGCUCAGUCACCAGAUCUUGAUUAAGAUCUGCUACGUUCAGCCUGGUAGUAUUGUUGGCGCCCUGGAUGCAUUGGUGGAACCGUUAGAGAAAACAAUCAACAAAAAGGUAAAAGAAGAUCAGGUUGGACCCGAGGUCGAGCGUGUCAAAGAUCUCAUUCGUAGCGCAUUGCGUGCGCUCGAUGCGAUCAGCGCUGUUCGUGACGCUGACUCCCAUCCAAAGCUGAAUACCGUGAUGGAAAAUGCGAAGAAGAACAAGAUGCUUGGCACGCUACUGGAGACCAUUCGAAAUGAGCGCACGGGUAACUGA